GCUCUGUGUUCCGACAGGCUUCUUGGGUCUGAUGCUUCUUGGUCACCAGGGAUGCCCUGCCCAGUCUUAAUGAGCACAACUGUGCUUCCAGCGCUCCCUUCCCAUCCUUUUCCAAUUUAGUGGCCUCUCCCUUUCUCUCUGCCCUACGGAGAGGCGCACACACUGAGAUGUUCAUUCGUGCUGUAGCUCAUCCUUUCUCUCUUCUCACACCCUCGGUCUCAGCCUCUGUUCCCUCUCAUUCCUCUCGUGCGUUUCUGUUUACAUCAUUCUUUCUUCCUCCCUCUAUCUUGUCCCCCUGCCCUCUCCUUUCCCUUCUGACUCUCUCUCACAUCUCACACCCUCCUUCUUGUGCUAACUGGUUACCUCUCUCUCUCUCUCUCUCUCUCUCUCUCUCUCUCUCUCUCUCUCUCUCUCCUCCCUGCCUUCCUCCCUCCCCUCCCCACACACCCUGACCCAGUGGCUACUGCUUACACCCACUCUGCCCCUUGCUUGCUCUGCAGGAAACCUUUGCAGUACUCAGGUCUGACUGGCUCAGCUUGGAGGUUCCUGUGGCAUCCGCUGGAGAGGCCCCCGGUCGCUGUGUUUCCUCCCAGGGGUGACUUGGCAGUGAUAUGCUGUGUUUCCUCACUUCUGCAAUUGCCAGGCUGCCACACAGCACUGUGGCUUAGACCCCGAGGGACACGCAGAGACUACAUUGAAUGUUACAGGCAUAUACAACACCCCAUGAUCAGGUGACCCUUCCAGCCCAGAGUAAUGGAGCAAAAUGAAUCCUCCCGUGUGGAUUCUGAGUUUCGAUACACCCUCUUUCCGGUUGUUUACAGUGUCAUCUUUGUGUUGGGGGUGAUUGCCAAUAGCUAUGUGCUAUGGGUCUUUGCCCGCUUGUAUCCUUCCAAGAAACUGAACGAGAUAAAGAUCUUUAUGGUGAACCUCACUGUUGCCGACCUGCUUUUCUUGAUCACCCUUCCGCUGUGGAUUGUCUACUAUUACAAUGAAGGCAACUGGAUUCUACCCAAAUUCCUGUGCAACCUGGCUGGCUGCCUCUUCUUCAUCAAUACCUACUGUAGUGUGGCCUUCCUGGGUGUCAUCACUUAUAACCGCUACCAGGCAGUGGCCUAUCCCAUCAAGACUGCUCAGGCCACCACCCGCAAGCGUGGCAUCUGUUUGUGCCUGGUCAUUUGGAUAUCCAUCGUGGCUACUGCAUCCUACUUCCUGGCCAUGGACUCCACCAACGUGGUUCGCGCAAAGGAUGGCUCAGGCAACAUCACCCGCUGCUUUGAGCACUAUGAGCCGCGCAGUGUGCCGAUCCUUGUGGUUCAUGUCUUCAUCGCAUUCUGUUUCUUCCUCGUCUUCCUUCUUAUCCUCUACUGCAACCUGGUCAUCAUCCACACGCUGCUCACACGGCAGGUACGGCAGCAACGCAAACCUGAAGUGAAGCGCCGGGCGCUGUGGAUGGUCUGCACCGUCCUGGCGGUGUUUAUCAUCUGCUUUGUGCCCCAUCACAUAGUCCAGCUGCCCUGGACCCUAGCAGAGCUGGGCUACCAGACCAACUUCCACCAGGCUAUUAAUGACGCCCAUCAGAUCACCCUCUGCCUCCUCAGCACCAACUGUGUCUUAGACCCUGUAAUCUACUGCUUUCUUACCAAGAAGUUCCGAAAGCACCUCAGCGAAAAGUUUUACAACAUGCGCAGUAGCCGGAAGUGCUCCCGGGCCACUACUGACACAGGCACUGAAGUGAUGGUGCCGGUCGACCAGACUCCUGUCAUGUUGCUAAAAAAUUAAUCUCUGUCUUAUUAAAGACAGACUCAGAGUCUCCUCUUCCGUGGACCUCACAGCCUGAGCUGGGAGGUGAGAGGUUUCUGCUUGGGACAACCCCUCCUGGGACCCUGGCGAACCACUGAGUGCAGUGGUCCUUUUUCACCAAGACGCUGGUUGACAGCACUGCCAGCUUGUUGGAAAAUACUGGACUUGAAUGUUCCUUUUUCCUCAUCUGUGGGUUAAUACUAGCGACUGUGGCUGAUGGCUUCAUCCAGAGCUUCUGAAUCUGGCAUCCCAGCUAGGGCCAAACCUUGGGCUUAGACUCUGAGUUACCCAGUUCUUCCAACUGGGGCUGCAACCUUAGUAUUGGGAACUGCCUCCUGCUGCAGGCAGGGGAGGAGUUAUGGGCGAACUGGUCCUGUGGAAGAUCUUUGCGGGAACAGUGGGUUUAGGAUGGAGCCCUGCUUUCUCCACCCACAGGUACAAGGUCUCUCUGACACUUCUAGAGGAAGUGGUUUGAUGGAAGCCUCCGAUGACCCAGAAACUUGUCUCAAAUGUAACCAGAGGAAAUAAUACAAAAGCUGACCAGAAGCUAGGAUGGGAGCGCCUUUCUCCCGAGGCAGCUGAGUUUCCACCCAGGCCUGAGAGUCUAGGAGAGAGACUAGGAGAGAGACGGCUCCCUCAGGACCCUGCAGUUUCAACUGCCGGCAGGCAGCAGCUUCUUUUGGUGACCUCUGAACACCUGAUGGUGAUUUUUUUUUGACAAGUGUGUUAGUCACACUUCACUCGCUGUACCCAGCCCUUCAGUCAGAAAGAAUGCACAGAAGGAGAGAUUUAUUUGGCUCACAGUUUCAGAAGACUUCACUCCAUCAUGGCAACCAAGGCCUGCCGGGGCAGCUCAGACUAUUGGUGGCAGAAGCAGGAGGCAGAGGCUGUUCAUGUGGCAGUGAGCCAGGAGCCAGGGCAACACUUUAAGCUGGGGAUGGGUACAUUCUUCAGAAGCCCCCUGCCAGCCGCCCAGUUCUACAGCCAGGUCCUACCUCCUACCGGUUCCACAGACUCCCACAAUACCACCAAUAAUGGGAGAAUGAACACAGAGACCACGGCCCUGGGCCAGCGAGAGCAGGUGAAGGCACUUGCUGCUAACAUGGACAAUCAGAGUUCAAUCCCAGAACCCACAUGGUGGCACAGAAACAGACUUCUGCAGGUUGUUCUUUGACCUCUUCAUGUAUGUUGUGUUACACCCAUGCCCCGCCUCCCCAUACACACAUAAAUAAACAUACGAAAUAAUGCAACAAAUCAAAACAAACAUGGCCCCAUGGAGGUGCAGGGUAUUUUAGAUUCAAAAUACAUGAAUUAUUACAUUUACAUGAGGUCCUCUCCUGCUCUCUGAAUAGGAGCAGGAACCACAGACUCAGAACUCUGGGAAAUUUUCCUGGUUCCCUGAGCCUUGUGUUCCUUAAAAAACAUGUUCUUCCUUCCAGUUAGUGUCCCCUUCCAGUUAGUGUCCCCUUCCAGCCAGUGUCCCCUUCCAGCUAGUGUUCCCUUGACUUUGGGUCAGUUGAUUUCUGUCUGCCAGACAAGCAUUCGCUUGUUCCAAUAGGCUAGUAACGUGCUUGAGUUUGGGGUGAUGGCCAUGAGCUGUCCCUAACUGAAGGUGACUAGGUAGCAAAAGCAACACCACAUUUGAACUUUGGCAUCUUACAAACUCAGGCUCAAGGCUCAUCUGUGCUUGGUGCUGUCUAGGAAGUGGGAAUUCGACCUUCUGCCUCUUAGUGUUAUUGGGGCUGUUACCAAUGAGCAGAGCAUGCUCAGCUGACUCUUGAUUACUCAUCCCUGAUCCUCCCUGCGAUCCUCUGAUAGGAAUUGAAGGGGUGAGAGUUGGAUGUGUGGAUUCGGGAUGCUGUUUGGGGAUUUACAAUCCACCUACUGAAGUCAGUUAAACUCCGGAGCUGUGACCAUGUCUGUGUGUAAGCUGAGUGGGUUGGGUGGCCACCUGGGCAGACAAAUGGCUUUUCAAGGAAGGCAGAUGUGCUAGGCAAAGUAGAGGCCAGAGAGGAACUCUUACCAGUGGUUCUCAAUCUCCCUAAUGCCACAACCCGUUUAAUACAAUUCCUCAUGUUUUGCUGACCCCCCAACCAUAAAAUUGUUUUCAUUGUUACUUCAUAACUAAUUUUGCUACUGUUAUGAAUCAGUAUGAAUAUGGAGAGAGAGGUUUACCCAAGUGCUCUCGACCCACAGGUUGAGAAUCACUGUGCCGGAGCCUGGAGAAACAAGAAUAUACAGCCUCCCGGGGCCAGAGGGCAUUCCUGCACACUUUCCUUUGAGUUCCGAGACGUUUUCUUGGCAGAAUUCCUUCUUGCUUAAACUCAUUCGGAUGGGGGUCUAGCACCUUCAAUCAAAUAACCUUCUCUAUGUUUCUGUGCUACUACAGUACAUUCUGAACUUGUUCAUUUGUACACCCUCCUUGUCAUUGUUUUGUAGUAUUUAUGUGCCACAGUAUGCUUACUUAAUAAAUAUUUUUGUUUUUAAA